CUUUUGUUCGAAAACAGUCUAAAAAAAAAAAGCAAAGAGGAAAUGGCGGUGGCAAAAGCAGCCUCGGGAGUGCUGUUGUCACGACCGGUGACAUUCGUGACCGGAAACGCAAAGAAGCUUGAAGAAGUCCGUGCAAUACUCGGCCAAUCCAUUCCUUUCCAAUCUCUCAAGCUUGACUUACCCGAGCUGCAAGGAGAACCUGAAGAAAUCUCUAAAGAGAAGGCUCGUUUGGCUGCCGUAGAGGUGAAUGGGCCUGUUUUGGUGGAGGAUACUUGUCUUUGCUUCAAUGCCUUAAAGGGUCUUCCGGGGCCAUACAUAAAGUGGUUUUUGCAGAAGAUUGGUCAUGAAGGUCUGAACAACUUGCUAAUGGCAUACGAGGACAAAUCAGCCUAUGCUUUAUGUGCAUUUUCUUUCGCUCUUGGGCCUGAUGUUGAACCUAUUACAUUCCUUGGGAAAACUCCGGGGAUGAUAGUUCCUGCAAGGGGACCUAAUGAUUUUGGAUGGGACCCAAUCUUUCAACCUGAUGGCCAUGAGCAAACCUAUGCGGAAAUGGCAAAGGAUGAAAAGAACAAGAUUUCUCACCGCUCCAAGGCCCUUGAUAUGGUGAAAUCCCACUUUGUUGAAGCUGGAUACAUUUUUCAAGACAAAUGACUCUAAAAGGAGUGAGCUAUAGUAGAAUUAUUGGCAGUUAAAAAGAUUUACUUGUGCUGCAUUGGCUGCCCUUGCUUAUCUCUAUAAUGGUUUUGUAUCAUGAAAAAACGAAGAGGAGGAAUAGAGAAGGGUUUUUUUGAGGGGAAUCAAGAAGAAGGAUUUCAGACAAUUGUACUACUGUUUUGUUGCAUGGAGAAAUUCAAAGUCCUUUUAACA